UUCUCUCAAGAUGGUAAUUUAAAAGUCCACAUGAGAAUUCAUACAGGAGAGAAACCCUUUUCAUGUCAAGUAUGCAGAAAAAAAUUCACUCAAAUAAUUGCUUUAAAACAGCACAAGAUAAUUCAUACAGGUGAGAAACCCUUUUCAUGCCAAGUAUGCAAAAAAACAUUCUCUCAAGAUGGUAAUUUAAAAGUCCACAUGAGAAUUCAUACAGGUGAGAAACCCUUUUCAUGCCAAGUAUGCAGAAGAAAAUUCACUCAAAUUGGUGUUUUAAAACGGCACAACAAGAUUCAUACAGGUGAGAAACCUUUUUCAUGCCAAGUAUGUGGAAAAAUUUUCUCUCAGCUUUGUAGUUUAAACAGCCACUUGAGAAGUCAUACCGGUGAGAAACCCUUUUUAUGCCAAGUAUGCGGGAAAAAAUUCACUCAAAUUAGUGCUUUGAAUGCCCACAAGAUAGUUCAUACAGGUGAGAGGCCUUUUUCUUGUGAAACGUGUCGGAAAAGCUUCUCUCAAUCUGGUCAUUUAAUUAUCCAUAAGAGAGUUCAUACAGGUGAGAAACCCUUUUCAUGCCAAGUUUGCAACAAAACGUUUUCUCAAGUUGGUAAUUUAAAAGUCCACAUGAGAAUUCAUACAGGUGAGAAACCCUUCAAUGCCAAGUAUGCAGAAACAAAUUCACUCAAAUAAUUGUUUUAAAACGGCACAAGACAAUUCAUACACGUGAGAGGCCUUUUUCUUGUGAAACGUGUGGGAAACGCUUCCCUCAAACUAGUGAUUUAAAUGUUCACAAGAAAAUUCAUUCACGUUAAGGAGCCAUUUAUAUGCAACAUCUGUGGAAAAGUUUACCCUCAAAUUCAUCACUUAUACACACUAGAAGCCACACAUAGAGGGCUUUUUUAACGUGAAAUGGGUCUGUAAUAAUUCAUAUGACUCGAGGACCCUGGUCCAACUUGGUCCAAACUGGGUCACCAGCAGGACAAGAAAAGAAUAACAGUAUUGGAAUGGCCUAGUCCAGGAUUCUCCUUCCCUAGUCCUCAAUAUCUACUGUCCUGCAAGGUUUAGAUGCAUCUCUGCUCCAACACAGAUUUAUGAAAUGAUUGAAUUUGUCUUCAGAAUGACGUCAGCUAAUGAGCCAAUCAUCAGGUGUGUUGGAGCAGGGAUACGUCUAAAACCUGCAGGCAAAAAGCUCUAGGAUUUGGGUUGGCCUAGUCAAAGGUAAUUCUUGAAACUUACCGAAAUCCAGAGAGCUGUGCAGAAACAGAUUUUUGUAAACAUAAAUAAUCUAAAAUGUGUGUAAUGAAGAUUGUUAUGUAGCAACUUUCACCAAAUGAGACUGAAGCUUAGUUACCUUUUGUUGAAUGUUUUUACAUUUAUAGUUUAGAAUGUUGAACUUUAACGUGAGAUUAUUUUGAAUUAAAAUGUUUGCUGACUUGAA